UACAACGCACGGUGUAUAUAAGAUCGAUAUCUUCAACUGUCGACUUGGAAAGUAAAAUUAAUCAUUCGCAGUGUUGGUUCCUCACUGAUUAAUAAAGUGAAAUAUACCCGGUGACAUUUUGUUACUAAAACGGGAAAUCGUCUAGAUAUUUCAGGAAGAUGUCGUCUUAGUUCGUCUUAGUUGGAUUUAUUUUAAAUACGUGAAAACACUGGAUGUAUUGAAAUGUACAGUAUUACCAUGGAGAUACGAAGUCAACAAUGCAGUAUUGAACUGGAAAUCUCGUUACUCAAAGUAUUACACAUUCAGGCAGACGAAUCAUCAAUGAGGACGUCGUGACGUCAUACGUGUAACCAUGCAAAGAUUGCUUGAACUGCUGUUGUUUAUGGUGCUACAAGCCACAAGGUGGAGAUUUGGUCACUCCAUCGGCUAUAAGCUGACGAUAAUCACAUCAAAAGACCCCGGAUCUGCUACUGCUGGUAACAUAUCAGUCAUGGUGUCGGGUCUGAAGAAUUCUUCCACAACGUGGGAACUGUUGAAACGGACGCCGACAAGCUUUCAAGAAGGAAGUGUUGAUGUCUUCGAGGUUGGUGACACUAAGUUUGGUAUGGUAAGACAACUCCAGCUACUUUUGCAAAAUAACUACGUUUGGACGCUGGAUAAGAUGUAUAUUGAAAAUCCAGAUACUGGUAAAAAGUCCGAGUUUAACUGCAGCUGUCGUUUUAGAUGGCCAAACUUGAUUAAACAUUACUUUGUAAAAAUCGAUGGUGGAUGGUCAGCAUGGUCCGCUUGGGCAGUAUGUGGCACAAACUGUGGUACGUGCCCGACCACCUGCCCGGCUACUCAUAUCACGGUUGGAACCUCCCGGAGCCGGACCAGGACUUGUGAUAACCCCCUUCCAGACAACGGUGGAGAUGCUUGUAAAGGUGCUGAUAGAGAUUACAACUGUACGUUAUGCAUUGAUAACAGAACUACUACCACCAGUAUUCCACCCACAACAACAACAACAACAGCUAAAACAACAACCAAACUGACGACCACGACCACGACCACGACCACGACCACGAUCACGACCACGACCACGGUGUCGCCAACUACAGAAAUGGUUACUUCGGCGGGCCCAGUGUCUUCAACCUCAGCAUCUACACCAACAGUACCAACCACCAUUGCCUCGUCCGCUAUACCGCCUAGUAUUUCCACACCUAGUUACUCGAUUAGUACGACACCUAGUAUUUCAUCUACGGUAGCUUGCGGGGCGGGUACCUGUGAUUCCAGCACCACCACUCAGCCAUUCACCACCCAGCCAUCCACCACCAUCACCACCCAGAAACCUCUACCAUCUCAGCGACCAGGGGAAACAGGCUCGAGUUCAAACUCGUGGGAGACAACAGGUAUCCCGAUCGUUUCAGUGAUUGUGGCAAUACUGGUCGUAUUCAUCAUAAUAUUGGUGGUGGGCUGUCUGAUCAAGCGGCAGCAGAAAAAUAGGAUCGAAGCGAAUUCUGGUGCUCAAGGAGAAGGUGGUGGAGAGGAGGACAAUCCUGAUGGCGAGGCGCCGGAAAAACCUCCGAGCGUCCCGCCUCCUGAUGACCUCGAAGACGACUCCGGGGCACCGCCGCAAGGCGGCUGGAUGGCUAAUGGCGGACAUGCCAUUGCCCACUCGAACUCGAAACCACCAAAUGGUGACAUCAGGAGAAAAGGAGAUCCUGAACCGACUUUGCCCAACGCGGUGAUUGAUUUGGAAGAGCCUGAUGACUCUUCCACGACACUUCAUACACUCUGCCCCGUAGAAAAGACUGCCGCCAGCGGGGCGUGGCCGCAGUACUAUCCCUUGAUAUAUCGGACGUUUACGCCACAUACUAUAAGUUUACCGGGGAAUCAGAUUGUGAAGGGAGGCUCAAUGUCAGAAACCAAGGAUAUAGCCUUAUGUUCAAUGGUGUGAUCAAGGAAUGCGCUCCGAUAUUUGAUACAUGUAUAUUUUUUGAAGAAGUUGAAAUAAGGCGUUGGCUGUCUCCAUGUACGUGUUCUCUGGUUAAGAGGGCAGGUCAUGUUCGAAAGCUAUCAAGAUUACCGUGAUAUAUAGAAGAGUACUAAUGCGGAAAAUGAAAUCGAUGAGUUAACUUUCCGUGAUGAAGAAUGAAAAGUUGCCUGGCGACGAUGACCAUUAAUGGUAGAGGCUACCAGGCGACACAGUCGGCUGGCCGGACCAUGAAUUUGAAGGACACCAGACCUCCAUCUUUGGUGGAUGUGCUUUUCGUAGUUGCGACCGUCUCGUCGGUUUAGUUGACUAGAAAAGAAAGGUCGCAUGACGGCGAAUGAAUUCCUGUUGCUUUUUAUACGCACGAGGUUUGCCUGGAAAAGGAAGCAGACAAGUGGUCAAUAAGUGUCAUAGAAUCGUUAGUAUCCAUUGUUCCCUUCAAACAAAUGACAGAUACUUGUGCAACUGAACUGAUAGCCUGAUGAUGACGGUAUUCAUUUGAUAAUCACUCGAAUGGAAUCAUCAUUGGUUGCCUAUGCUGCGACCAGGCCGGCAGAGUACAGCGGCACUGAACGAGCACGUCUUCAGUGUCUGUACGUUAUGUAUAUAUUCAUUUCUGAGAUUAAGUUAUUUAUUUUUUAUAGUCAUUUGUGAAGGACACAUGCAACCCAUUUGUACAAAGUUAUUGAAUGCGAAAGUCAGUUUUUUUUCCAAACCGACUGCCGAAACCUCAAAUUUCCUUUUAUUUUUAAUAAAGCAUAAUAUCAAUGGCUUACAUGUAUGAGAAUAGUAAGGAGUGCCCACUGUUACGGAAAAAUGAAGGUGCCUCACUGAUCUUGGAGACAAAUCAGUUUUUGCUUGAAAAUGGAAUUGUAUGAACACUGGGACUCCACCAAUAAAUUGAGGUGACGGGUGGGGUUUACAUAUCUUUAAAAAAUUCACCAAUGGAACUAACGUUUGCAACACCUGUGGUUGUUUAACUUAGCACUGUUCGGGAAACAUGAGAAUUCGACUACGUGGGGGAAUAUUCAACCACCUUCUACGUUGUCCCUGCUGAUGACUAUGUUGUUUAAUACGUCUAAUUACAUGUAGCUGAGUUUUUUUAGUCAUUUCAAAAUAUUUUUAAUUACUUAUAGACGGUACAGUUAAUUUAGUAAACAAUUGAAAUCAUCCAUUUUUGUAAGUUAUCAAUA